AUGAGCGCAGACUCACUGCUGCCCAUCGCCCCUGCGAGGGUCAAGGCACUGGCCCUCCCUCUCGGCCACAUCAAGGCAACCCGAUUCAACUCCUUCCUCGAGAGGCUACACGCCGAACAUGUCGUCCACCUCCGCGAUGUCAGCGCCGACAAGCGCCCAAACAGAAACAUGUUCUCCCCGCUCGCUUUCCCCGACGGCGCCGUCUUCUACGAGCUGACCCCCAACGCCCCGCCCCCGUCGCACCUCGCUUUGCUGCCCUUCGACUUCUACAGGGAGCCGCUCGUGGUGUUGGCCAUCGCGGACGGGGCCGAGCUCGAAAAUGUGGCUUUCAACAAGAGACAGUCCGGGGCGACAACGAUCGCGGAGAGAAAUAUGAGGUCGAUACAACAAGGCCUUCAGGACCUGAGAGAGACAUAUCCGAAGGCCCUAGUCCAUCAUGCCCUGCUGUUCGACUAUGUGCACCCCGAUGAGCACUCUAUGCCUCUCCCAGAGGGCAUCAUUCAGAUACCGCCUCCUGCGCAAUCCAAAAGAACCACCAUGCGGACCGUCAUGUGCGACAUAACGUCGCUGUUGCUAGGGGAAAUGACCUCUUUGGCCAGGUCAUUCGAGGCGUUGUCAUACAUCGAGUCGCCUGGGCAAACCACCAACGCAGCGAACGGUGUCGAUCCCGCAAAUGCGGAAAAGCGGCGGAACUCGCAGUUUGCGCUGCCCAUCGGCCGGUCCGCCUCAGCCAGCGGCGCCCUCGACCGCAACCAGGCCCGCAUGUCGAUGCCGGUACCAUUCAAGGCUUCUCCCAUAGGCUCAUCCUCUGCCAGCUCAACCCCAGGCCGACCCUCUACUCCGGUCAAGAGUGGGCUGUCCAACCCGCCGACCACAUUCGACGACAUACCCGCAGCACAGGAUCCUGGAAGCCCCGAGGCAAAGGCUCCUGGCAACGCUCAGGGGAAUCGCAGCGCAAGCCAAGACCGGAUAUCUGUACAUGGAUUUGGGUCUGGAGGCGUCAACGAGCGGUGGCGCAACAAGGGCAGGGCCAGAGUCACAAUUCUCAUGGCAUCGAUGUACCUUCAGGCGGGCCGAUGGACCGACUCACUAAAGGAAGCCAUCGACGGUGCCACCGUUGCCAAGUCGAUUAAUGAUCAUCUUUGGCACGGCAAAGCCCUCGAGAUUAUCGUCAUAAGUUUACUCCUGCUGAGCUUCGCUGGGGUCGAAUUCCAAGUUCCGCAAAUUUGCAUAACUCCGCCGGAGAAAGGGGGAUCAAAUGGUGUGCACGAAGAGAACGUGGAUCCUAAUCAGCCAAAGUACCUUCGCCAGUUCCAAACGAUCCUCCCAGACUUGCUGGACAGGAUACUUGCUCUCUAUUCUAGGAUAUCAGCGGAGCAUCUACCGGCUCUGCCAAUGUCGGAGGCCAUUAUCAGGUUCUGCAGGAUAUUGGCAGCGCUACACGUCGCGGAGGGCAAGCUUGGCGGCCAGUCUUUGGACAUGAUGAUCUUCGGAACGGUUCCUGACAGGCCUCUUACAACAUCACCGAGACUGACCGUUACCCCGCCCCGGACACUCAUCGUCAACAUAUUAAUGCGGGCGUUUCCGGGGCCUGGGUCCGAGCUGUUGACCACGCCUGAUCGUGCUAUGAUUCUAAGUGGCAUCGCGUCUGUCCUGGGGCUACUUGGGUAUCAAAGAAAGAAGGCUAUGGUGAUACGAGAAUUGAUAUCGGUGGUCAUAGGAGGACUGGUUGAUGCACGCACUCGCGGAGCCGCUGAGGUGGGCAUCCAUCCUGCCGCAGGGCUUGUGUCCCUGAACAACCUCAACGGCCAAUCCAAAGGUGGUGUCCUCCAGCUCGCAGAGAGUGACAUCGAAUCAGGAAUUGAAUCUUUCCUGCAAUUGAUCAUGAAAACAUACGGCGCAGUGGCAUUCGACAUGUCUAUUGGACCCGGCAACUCCACAGAUGAUGGGACCGUUGACCUGGACUCCGACGCAGCAUGCCUGAGGCGGAUACAGAAACAAGGUGCGGCUCGCCUGUACGGCAUGCGGCAGCUGAAGCUCAAUAUGCUGAGAGCCUGCAUCAACUUUUCCGAGGCUUUGCCAGACUUUGUGGGCGUCCUCAAAUUCUCCAGUGAUCUCAUGCGGACAGCCGGCAGCGGCAUUGCUCCUGGCCCUCGCCAAGAAGACGCAGCCCCUCGGAUAUCGGUCGAGGAGCAAGUUCGCCUCGUGACCAACAUUUCCAAGACACACGGUCUAACGGAGAGGAUAGGACUGGGGCACAUGGAGGCAGAAUACUGGGAUGAGUUCCUCCUCAGAGGUGUCAAACUCGAUCCUAUGCCCAUCACUCGUACGCCUAUAGAGCACGCAAAGACUGAGCUGCCUGGCUUCUCAACGACCAGGACGUCUCAGGAUGUCAACCCAUUCAUACACAACCCAUUCCAAAAGCUACCUGACAAGGUGGCCAUGGUCAGCAACCUUAUCGCUGGAGAGCCGGCAACAUUCAAACUUACAUUACAAAACCCCUACGACACCGAGAUAGACAUUGUCAGCGCCCGUCUAGCCACCGAGGGAGUCGAGUUCGAAUCCAACGUGGAGAAGGUUGUGAUUGGAUCAUACCGGACGCAAUCGAUGCGGGUGACGGGCACGCCCAGAGGCUCUGGCUCCCUACGCGUCACAGGCGCAGUAAUACGUGUUCGAGGAUGCAGGGAAAGAAGGUUUCCCAUAUUUUCAGAGUCUUGGUCCCUGGAUACCGAAGUCAAGGUCAAGGCCGUAGGGCUCGAGGCGCUCGACUAUCACAUGUCUCUACCGGUGCCGUCCCAUCCUCUGCCAAAGCCACAUCAGAUGGAGCUGAAUGUUAUUACACAACAGCCUGUUGUGGUUGUCAAGUCAACGACUCUGCCGCAGUCCUCGGUCAUGAUUCUGGAAGGGGAGCGACAAACAUUCUCGGUGACGCUUCAAAAUCUUUCAAGCACACCGGCCGACUUCCUUCUCUUCUCGUUCCAAGACUCUACGCAGGGACCGCUUCAAGCGGCACUGAGCAACCGCGAUGCAACACCAGCAGAGCUCUACGAGUACGAGCUCAUCUUGGCCAAGAAACAGGCACUACGCCUUUCAAAAGCAGUUGGCAAAAGGUAUAUCGCACCUGGUGACACUGCGACAUUUGAGUUUGAGAUUCUCGGCAAGCCGGGUCUGACAAACGCAAACGUUCAAAUCGAUUAUGCUCACUUCGGGGUGCCGCCCGAAGAAGUUGAGCAGAAAUUCUUCACGCGCCAGGUGUCGCUUAACAUGACAGUCACUGUCAAUGCCAGCGUCGAGAUCGCGCGGAUGGACGUCCUUCCUCUUCAUGGCAGCAUACCGCAGCCAUUGUGGGCAAGGACAAGCAAGAGCAGCGGGCAAAGCCAUGUGCUAACUUCGGACAAGUAUUGUCUGCUGCUGCUAGAUCUGCGCAAUGCCUGGCCAAGCAAUAUGAUCGCACACCUUGAAGUCGAAGACGGCAGCAUCAUCGAAGAGCACAUUCUACCUGGCAACACGAGUCGCGUUAUUGUGCCAGUAAAAAGAAUAUACCUCGAAGACCCACAUGCAUCAGUACCAGCACUUAACCCGUCCCGGCAGCGGCAGUUCGUGGUCAGCACAAGCCACAUCUCCCCAGAUGUCGAACGGGCCAACCGCGAGGCUUUUUGGUACCGCGAGAAGAUCCUCGAUACCAUAAAGGGCACGUGGAAGACAACUAGCAGGCCUACCCGCACCGGAACAAUCGAGCUUCGCAGCAUGCGCCUCACGCCGCGGAUGAUCGAGGCCGUGAAGGUGGACGAGGUGGGCAUUGAGGUCUCGGUCGAAGACCCUUCGUCCUCGACAACACUAGCAUCGGACGCAACAAGGACCAAAGCUCAACGCAUCUCAAGGAACACGGUGUGCGUCGACGACUUUGUCCAGAUCCGCGUGCACAUCACCAACCGCACCGAGGUCCCCAUCUACCCCACGCUACGGCUCAUGCCGGCACUUUGCCACAGGCCUCUGAACGUCGCGCUCGACUACACGCGCAAGUUCGGGUGGAACGGCACGCUGCAGCAGUUCCUCCCCGUGCUCCAGGGCAAGCAGAGCACGGACGUCGUCGUGGGCAUGACGGCGCUGUGCCGGGGCGAGUUCGAAAUCACGGCCAGCGUGGAGGAGACGCAGAUCUGGAGGCCCACGACCGACGAGGAGAGGAGGCGCGAGUCCGCGCGGGGGAGCCGGCUCGGCGCCGACGGGAGGCCCAGGUCCGCGACGCAGGAGCUGCACGACCUGGUCCUCGGCGCGCGCGAGAGGAGGAUCUGGCACUCCAGGCAGCCCUGCCACCUCGUCGUCAGGGACGAGGAGUAG